AUGAGUGGCGACGGCCCGGGUGUUCGCUUCUGGCGCAAACAGAAGCUGGGUUCCCGCGACUUCACUCUCAACGAGCCUCGGGAAACAGGCGAGAUCGAGGGCGAAGGCGAGGGUGAGAGAGAUGGUAGCAUUCGCCAAGGAGCCUCAACCGAGUACCGCACUUACAAACGACGCUGGUUUGGUCUUAUCCAGCUUACCCUUAUGAACAUUAUUGUGUCGUGGGAUUGGAUGACAUAUGCACCAGUAGCAUCACACGCUGCCGAGUACUACAAUGUUCGCGAAUCAACCAUUAACUGGAUCAGCACUGCUUUCUUUCUCGCAUUUGUGGCUGUCUUCCCCAUCAGUAUUGCCAUUCUUCAUCGAGGCCCCAAGUUGGCCUUUAUGACAUCUGCUGUUCUCAUUCUCAUCGGUAACUGGAUUCGAUAUGCUGGUUCUACCAAGGCUAGUGGGGGAAGCCUCGCUUGUGCAAUGGCUGGGGAGAUUGUCAUCGGCUUUGCCCAACCGUUCAUUCUUGCGGCACCAACUCGAUACUCGGAUUUGUGGUUCACUGACCGUGGCCGUGUUGCCGCAACAGCUCUGGCAAGUCUCGCCAAUCCAUUUGGCGCGGCGAUUGGACAACUCAUCACACCACUUAUGGUUCAGAAAGCCGGCGAUGUUUCCAGCAUGGUACUCUACAUCUCCAUAAUUUCAUCUGUCUGCGCCCUCCCAGCUUUCGUUAUUCCUGCGAAACCCCCUUCACCAGUUGGUCCCGCUUCCGAGACCCCUAAGCUCAGUCUCCGCGAGUCGAUUGGUGUUUUGAGCAGUUCUCUGGAGGUUUGGUUGAUUCUCAUUCCGUUUGCUGUCUAUGUCGGCUUCUUCAACUCGGUCUCUUCUCUCCUCAACCAGAUGCUCAAGCCCUACGGCAUUAGUGAUGACGAGGCUGGUAUUGGUGGUGCAGUCCUGAUUGUUGUUGGUCUUGUCGCAUCCGCCGUGUCCUCCCCGAUCAUAGAUCGCACAAAGAGUUUCCUUCUGACACUGAAGAUCCUCGUACCUCUCGUUGGCAUCAGCUACUUGAUCUUUGUUUGGAUGCCGGAAACCAAGGACGUUGCUGGACCCUACGUGGUCCUUGCCAUUUUGGGUGCCUCAUCAUUUUCUCUGGUCCCUGUCGCACUCGAGUUUCUUAUCGAAUUGAGUCACCCACUCAGCCCUGAGGUGACCUCGACGAUUGCCUGGGCUGGCGGCCAGCUCUUUGGUGCUAUAUUCAUCAUUAUCAGUGAUGCGCUUGCAGCGGGCAAGGACGCAAACCCUCCGAAGAACAUGAAGAACGCGUUGAUUUUUCAAGCGGUACUGGCACUUGCUGUAGUACCCUUGCCAUUGUGUCUGGGUCUUUUUGGGCGGGAGAGCAAGACAGCACUUCGUCGCAUCCGUUCUGAUGAGCAGAACCGCUCAAACACAACCAUCACUACUAACCCCUGA